AUGGAAGCUAAAAAUCUAGGUGCUCAUCACAUCCGUACCAAAGAAAUUAAGACUUUCUUUGAAAGUAGGGAGGGAGUUAAAGGGUUAGUCGAUUCCGGAAUCACCGAGAUUCCGGGUUUCUUCAUCCAGCCACCCGAGACUUUUCCAGCAAAUUGUUCCACGGAUGCCACCUUAACCGCGCGGCUUCAAUUCCCGGUGAUAGACCUCGAAGGCUUCGAGAGCAAGUAUGUUGGACGCCACCCGCUCAAACAUGGGGCUUCUUACGAAUGGUUGAUCAUGGAGUUCCAAUUUCCACAAUGGAAGCAAGGCAACGAUCGAAACAUGAAACAAAUAGUGCAGUUGAAAGAGACAUUAUCUGAAUUGUUGUCCGAGGCUUUAGGGUUGAGGAGGAAUUACUUGGGAAGCAUUGGAGGGAUGGAAGGUGCUCUUAUUGCGUGUCAUUAUCAUCCGCCAUGUCCUCAGCCUGAGUUGACCUUAGGGACGUCCAGCCAUAUUGAUGCACCGGUUUUAACUAUACUUUUGGAAGAUAAUAUCGAUGGGCUCCAAGUUGUUCAUCAGAAUCAGUGGGUUGAUGUACCACAUCUCCAUGGAUAUUUAACUGCCAAUAUUGGUUACUUUCUGCUGAUUGUAUCAAACGACAAGUUCAAAAGUGUAACACAUAGAGUAUUAGCCGGAAGAGUGGGUCCAAGAAUCUCAGCCGCAUGUUUCUUCGCUCCGACACCUUCUCUUAGAGAUAAACCAUAUGGAGCAGCCGAUGAACUUUUAUCGGAGGAGAAUCCACCAAUUUAUAGAGGAACGAGCUUUCACCAUUAUGUUUCUUAUUUCAGGUUGAAUGGAAGAUAUUUCCUAGAUGCUACUACCAUUGCUAUCCAAAGGCAACUUCCUUGCAGUGGAUUGGCGCAGUUGGCUGUUAUCAAGGGUACGGGUAUACCGGCUAUUCUAGCACUACCUGAUGAGGUGUUGACGUUGCUGCAGGUGUCUCGCACAUGA